AAGUGACUUGGACCAGGGAAUAAGUGAAUUGAGGUCAGGACUCAGAUCUCCUUGGAUCCACACCAGACAACCUGCCACAUGGAGCCCUCACCCUAAUCUUAACACUUCCAUGGAUCCAUGGCUUCAUCAGCCAUCACAGGAGUACAAGGCCACAGUAAUUGCAUACAUGUUCACAUGUGUGUGCAUAUGUGCAUUGUGUAUGCAUAUGUGCAGAUGUGUACAUGUGUGCGCAUGUGUGCACGUAUGUAUGCGUGUGUGCAGAUGUCCACGUGUGUGCAUGUGUGCAGAUAUGUACGUGUGUGUGCAUGUGUGUAUGUAUGUGUGCAGAUGUGCACGUAUGUGUGUGUGCAGGUGUGCAUGUGUGUGCAGAUGUGUACUGUGUGUGCAUGUGUGUAGAUGUGCACGUGUGUGCAUGUGUGCAGAUGUGCAUGUGGGUUGCAGAUGUGCACGUGUGUGUGUGCAGAUGUGCAUGUGUGUAUGCAUGUGUGCAGAUGUACACAUUUGUGUGUGCAGAUGUGUACGUGUGUGUGCAGAUGUGCACGUGUGUAUGCGUGUGUGCACGUGUGUGUGCAGAUGCACACAUGUGUGCAUGUGUGCACGUGUGUAUGCGUGUGUGCAGAUGUGUACCUGUUCGCGUGUGUGUAGAUGUGCAGGUGUGUGUGCAUGUGUGCAGAUGUGUACGUGUGUACGUGUGUGCAGAUGUGUGCAUGUGUGUGCAUGUCACGUGUGCAUGUCACAUGUGUGCAUGUUUAAUGCAUUACUUACUGAGGAAAGAGGAAAAGUGUCGGCAGUUCUUGAUGUUUUUCUCCGUCCUGGAUAUUGUAGGUGUCACUUCCAGGAAAGCCAGACAGCCAUGGUGUGUCAGGAGGGGGGGGUCCCAGGACAAAACCUAUGAAGUGAAGAUGAACCCACAACAUAGGAGUCCUGCAGUGAGCCCAGCCUGCUCUCCACAGAGAUGUGAGCUCUGCUGCCCUCUCCCAGCCAAGCCCUGCUGUGGGAACAGAUGUGGGGAGGCAGGGGCAGGUCCCUGAGAUCCCUCCUCUGGGCAUAAUUUGCAGGAGGCGAGGAGAUCACAGAGAAAACAUCUGCACAGCCCCUGUUAUCUCCUUAGGGGAGUGGGAGCCCCCAACACACACACACACACACACACACACACACACACACACGACGCUCUUUUUAUUUGGCCUUUCCUGACCAGAAAAAUUCCUAAAUAUUGUUUCUUAAACGUUUUAGGCUGUAACCAACAGUCAUAAAAAUAUUUUCUGGUGAGAUUCAGUGUACACAUACAUAUAUUGACAAUUACACAAGUGUUUCAAGACACUACGUAUAAUAAAGCUGCCCAGAAGAGGGCACUGGUGGUAAAGCUAGGCCUGAGAUUUUUGUCCUUGCUGGAAUUUUUGGAGGAUUUUAGCUGCAGAUCUACAUCAUUUUAGAAGGUUGUGACAUCCAUUUAGUCAGUUAUGACUAACCCUUAAAAGAAUAGCGUAGCGCAGCACAGCACAAUAGAAACCAUCAGAAUGCAUCAAAUGUCACAAAGGCUCUCCUACCAGGAUGACGAAAAUCGGCAACUGACGCUCCCAGAGGAGGACAAGAGGGACAUCCGGCAAUCUCCGAAGAGGGGUUUCCUCCGCUCUGCCUCACUAGGUCGAAGGGCCUCCUUCCACCUGGAAUGUCCGAAGCGACAGAAGGACCAAGGGGGAGACAUCUCCAGAAUACAGUCCUGCCCUUGCAUCUGGUUCAUCCUCAGUUCAUGGAAGGACGUGUUCAGCUCACCCACCCACAGUGACCAGUGUGGUGGAGCCGCUGACAUCUCAAGGAUCUAUUUGGGAAGAUGAGAAGAGUACUUGCUCCAUCUGGGGGUGUUGUCCCAGCCACGUCAGCCUAUCUGGCGGGGUGUGGGGGUGUCUGCCACCCUGUCCCCGCUCUGCUGAUGCCCCUCCCCUCAUGCUGUCCAGGUGCCACCUGACACAGGCUCCUGUGCAAAGGCAGGUGGGGAAGCCCAAACCUCACUCACAGGGAGGCCCUCAGCCACCAGAGUCCAGGUUCUCCAGCAGCUACGAUUUGAGGAGGUUGAGGGUGAAGACAGGAGGGAAGAAGAGUCCUACAACUGUCAGGAAUGGGGCAUCUUUCCCUGUCCCUAAGCAAAGCUCCCUCUUCCCACUGCCCUCCCCAGCCCCAGCUCCCUGUCCUCCCCAACACCUAGUGAGAAAGACGGUGCAUGGAAGGGAGUCCCAUGGGGAGACGCUUACACGACCUCUUUGUGAAGCCUCUUCUGGGUUUAACUUCAUUCAUCCAUUUAUUUUUAUGUCAAAGCAAUGAAAUGUUUCUUUAUGGAGCCAGAUACCAAUAUAACAGGUGAAUGGGUUUCUGCCACAUCUCUACAUUGAUGGAGGAUGCUUGAACGACCCCCCUCACUACACCGAUACACACUGUUAAGGCCCAAAGGCUGGGGUUGAGCUCUAGAUAAGGGAAUUUCCUACUCCUGGAAGGGUGGACACUGCGUAGACAAACAUGGAGGGAGAACCAGAGUGACUUCCUUGUGUGGAAAAUUGACUUUCUUGGGGGAGACAAAAACCCAGAAAUAACACAAGGUCAACACAUGCAAUACUAAAUUCAAUACUUACAUGCUAGCAAUAAAUAACUGGAAAUUUU